AUGAUCUUCCAAGCAUGUUUUGAACAGUAUACAAAGAUCUCAUCUCUAGACAACACGUUUUUCAAGUCUGACUCGAGGAAAAUGAAGAUUCUACACUAUCGGAUGAUGUUUCUGCUUUUUUGUAUACUCGCAACGAUACAAGCGCGAGAUAUCUUGAAGGGUGGAAAAUGUCCAGAGGGUAAACGACCAGUGAAAAUUGGUGGUGUUAUAAUGUGUGUAUGA